GGGCCCGAUCUGCUGCUGUCGCGGCUCAAUGACGUCACGCGUUUUCGCGGGGUAAUUUUGAAAAUGGGGUUUGUGCGAUGGGGCAGGUGAAGAGAAUUCUUGGCUGAGGGUCCCCAGGAAGAGGCAGGGGGAUUGGAGCGAGAGACCGCGUCGCUAAUUUGGGGUGAAGGGACGAAAGAGUGUGCCCCAGCAGCACCGGCUCGGUGAUAUAAAUAGUGGAAUAACUGCUGACUGUUUUCUGAACUGAACUUUAUAUAAUAAUUAAACAAUGGAAAGUGAAGAAUUUAUUGUACUGUAUACUCAUCAAAAGAUGAAGAAGUCGAAAGUGUGGCAAGAUGGACUUCUGAAGAUCACUCACGUGGGAAACAAAGCAAUUUUAUAUGAUGACAAAGGAGAAUGUUUGGACAGUAUAUUUCUUAAGUGCCCUGAGGUGAAACCUGGAGAUGACUUAGAAAGUGAUCACUACCUAAUCACAGUCGAAGAGGUUAAAGCUGCUGGAAGCCUAACUAUGCAACAAAAUGUCAUUAAAGAAGCACCAGCAUUAAAUUCAAGAAGGUUCAUAUCCUCUGGUCGGUCCCUUGGAUGUCAGCCUGCUGGCUUAAAAAGGAAGUUUACUGGUUUUCAAGGACCACGUCAAGUGCCAAAAAAAAUGGUUAUCACAGAAAAUCAUGAAUCAGCUACAUCACUUGAGGCUAAGAAACCUGGCCCUGUUUUUCUUAAUCCAGUCUACAGUACAUCUCCUUUGUUUUCUACCACUGGGAAGAAAGAGGAAAAUACUACACCAACAGAUCCUGAGAACACUGUGACUUAUAACAGCACAGCGGUAAAUGCCAUGCCUUUUUCUUCAGUUGUCACUACUCCAUCCUUCACGUUUAACCCAGAAAUGCUACGUGAAGAAAAGUAUUUUUGCUCUCCGGGCAGUUCUGUAGACCAGCAUUCAGGUUUUUCACUGAUGAAGGAGGCCCUGGCAAGAGACGGUUUGGCGUCCCACUCUUCAGGAGUUUCACAAAACAUAAGAAGCAAAGCACAGAUUCUAGCUCUUUUGAAGUCCCAUUCAACUCGUAUGCCUCAAGAACUAAAUUGUGAGACUGCAGGGCGUUUUCCUCAGCUACAACCACAAGGAAAGUUAAAAAUGCCCACAACACCAAGGUGUGUCAUUGAACAGGAAGAGUACAUCAAGGUAAAGAGCACAGAAAGUUUACAUCACCAGCAGCCAUCAGAAAACACUCUGAGGAACACAAGUCGGUGGAGCAAGUAUUUAUCGUCACGGAGUUCACCUGUAUGUUCUCCUACUGGAGAUGAAAAUACAGAAAGGAAAUACACGAACCAGGAAGAGAGCAUAAAUUUAAAUCCGAAAGACCCUUUGAUGCAAAAAAGCACACAGUUCUUUGAAACUUGUGCUGAAAAGGGGAAAAAUUAUAAUGAAGACACUCUGGUAGAUGAUGAUCACUUUUGGGAUCAAGAAGUAAACUUGCAGACUCCUUUGUUCUGUGAAACCAAUAGCUUACGUGUUACCUAUAGCAAUGUAGAAAAUGAUGACUUAUUGUUAGAAUCUGGGGAUCAUGGAAACUAUGAAAUACCUGUAAAGCAAAAUGACUGUAUGCGCAUGAAAGAUUCGAUUCUCAUUGGAGAAAAUGCUCAGAAGAUAAAUAUAUGUGGAGUACCAGACAAGGAGUAUAAACAAGCAGUAUCAAAUCUGCCUGAAUCUGAACAGCUAGUAAUUGAAUCUUUUCUAAGUAAUAAUUCUCAGAUCUCAGAUAAUAUUAUGGACAUGCUUCCUAAUACGGGUAAUCAAAGUGUUAAUAGCAGUCAUGAACCUAUGUGUGCUGUAACACAGCCCCUUGUGGAGGUAACUUUUAAUCUGACCAAUUUUGAAACCAGUGACACUGAGGAGGAAUCACAAGAAAGCAACGAAAUUCCUCAGAAUUCCGAGGGCUGGGUAACAGAAGCUUUGAUUCAUGGUGGCCAUUCAAGUGUUCAGAAGAGAUGUGAGGAUACCGGCUGUGAAGAAGCUGGCAGUGAACAUUCGCCUCCUUCACUAUCUACUGUGGGCAAACCUACAGAGAUAUUUCCUUUUAAAGAGGUUCUGCCAUCACAAUUUUGUGAUCGAACUCAUGCAGGCUUUGACACAAGACCUUGUAAUGUGGCAGACACUGGAAAAGAAACAGAGAAAGCAGAUAGUGACUCAUUAAACCAUUUUGACUCAUCAUUAGAGUGGCCAGAUGAUGCUUAUGUAGAUAAUAGUGAAGAUGCGAAUCAACCUAGCCAAGUCAGAAUUAACUAUGAUUUAGCUUCACUCCUGAAUAAACCUAAAGGUACAAAGACAAAUUUACAUACACUUGAUUUAAACAUGGCUACUAAUCAGACUUCCAAAAACAACUUAUCUUCGGAACAGGCUCAAUCUCAGGCUUUUAUUUUGGGAAGUGAUUUAGAGAAGAAUGAUGAACAGAUUUUACUAUCAACCUCUGUAAGUGAUGGCAGUGUCCAGCUAUUAAACCCCAAUCAGAAUCAUUCUGAAGAAUGUAUUGCACUUGCUAAGUCAAGCAGCCAAGUUUCAAAUUCUUUGUUUUACCCUCUGGGAAAAAGACAUACUAUUUCCAAAGACAAAGAAGUAUAUAUUCCUGAAUCUGAAGAUCUAGGAAGGAUUAGAAAUUUACUCCAUGGUCCUAAUGAAGUAGAAACUGAGAGAGAAAAACACAACUGGAAUAAUCCUAGAAAUUCUUCAGAACUUUCUGAAUUAGUGAAUAACAUUUCCCUCUUAAAGUCAUUGUCUGAACAUAGUACAGCUUUAGAAGGCUUGGAAAUAUUGGAAAAGCAAAGUACUACCUUUAGACAGCAAGAAAGUCUACAGGCUUAUGAGCCAGAGAGCAGUCCUGAAGCUAGGAAACCAUUGACUACAGUAGCUUCACAAGCUAUAGCACAGUCACCUCGUCUGAACCAAGAUUCUCAACAGUUCUUUUCAUUGGAAGGUGAAGAAAAGCCUGCUUUUCUACCUGUUUUGUCUGAACAAAAAGAGAGAAAAACCAGUGACCAUAAGCCUGUUCAGUUCCAAGGGCACCCAGUGAGAGGAUCAGCUAGCAGUGCGGUGAUGCUCAGGGGGCCUAGCUCCCAGCUGGAAUGCAGUCAGUUUCCCGAGAGCAUUGAGUAUGGAAACUGCGUGACAAACACUCAUUUUUUGACAACAGAAUUGCCCAGCACCUGUACGCAGAUUGACUUCUUGCAGUUCCCAGGUAAAGAAAACUUUUCAAAAAGAGCCACUGGCUUCAAUAUUGAAGGUAACUUUCAAGAGGUAGCUGAGUCUGAGAACAACUCAAUUGAAAAUGAUUUCAUGAAAAAAUCCAGUUCUCUGGAGAAUAAGCACCUUCCAAGGCUCCCAGUUGUAAGUAGAGCCCGAAUCCCACUUACUACUCUGCCACCUGCUGACAGGCCACAUGACUCAGCUUGUUCCUAUGUGAUCGACUGUGACAGGCUAGAGACUUCUGGGUCCUCUGUGCUCAAUGAAUGGGAAAAGUCAGCACUUCUUUCCUUUAACUUUGGGCCCGCGAACCAAAGUGAAACUUCUUUCUCUAAAGAAUUCAGGGAUGUGACUCCGGGGGAUGUUUUGCUUCUUGAUAACGUACCUAUUCAAAGCAAGUGGCUGAAAUAUCAAAACAUAACACAGCGCACCUUGGCUGCUCCAGACAGAGCUAGCAGGAGAGGAACAGAUGGCUUCUUUGCUGAGGCCGUUUCUGAGAUGCAUAUUAGUGAUACAGGGGAAAGGUGGCUUGAUGCUGUGGGCGAGAGCACGUUAGAUGCUGUGCAUUUGGAAAUGAUGAAAAACAUGCUGCAGCAGCAGCAGCAACAGGCUUUUAGCGGUCAAGAUUCAAUUUCCAGAAAGGAGCAUUCUUUGAAUUUAAAGCAGACUUCUGAGACUGAGGAAAUUCAGAAUAUGUUAGGAGAUUGUGCCUACUACAACUACAGUGUAACAGGAGAUUUACAGGAGAUCAGUGACUCUGAACUGUGCUUCCCAAGUGGGCAGAAAAUAAAAUCUACUUAUCUUCCCCGAAGGCAAAUCUGCAUACCAGCUGUUUUUGAGUCUCCUACACAAUAUAAGCAGAUUUUUACAUCUUGUCUCAUAGAACAUCUAAAUAUUUUGCUAUUUGGGUUGGCACAAAGGUUGCAUAAAGCUCUUUCAAAAGUUGACAUAUCAUUUUACACAUCGUCCAAAGGAGAGAAACCGAAAAAUACAGAAAAUAACGUGCCGUCCUGCCAUCAUCAGCAACCUGCGAAACUUGUCAUGGUUAAAAAGGAAGGGCCAAAUAAGGGUCGUCUCUUUUAUGCCUGUGAUGGGCCCAAAGCUGACCAAUGUAAAUUUUUCAAGUGGUUUGAAGCAGUGACUCCAGGAUAUUUAACUCAAGGAGAGUCUCUACCUAUGAAGGUCCUAAGUGAUAUAAAGAGUAUUGGCUUAUAUUUAAGAAGUCAAAAGCUACCCCUCUAUGAGGAAUGCCAGCUUUCAGUGAGAAAAGGAUUUGGUUUUCAAAGGAAACAAUAUGGAAAACUAAAGAAGUUUACUACUAUAAAUCCUGAAUUUUAUAAUGAACCUAAAAGCAAACUUUACCUUAAGCUGAGUCGGAAGGAAAGUUCUUCAACUUACAGCAAAAAUGACCUUUGGGUGAUUUCCAAAACGCUAGACUUUGAACUGGAUACUUUUAUUGCAUGUAGUGCUUUCUUUGGACCCUCAGCUGUCAAUGAGGUGGAGCUACUACCUUUGAAAGGUUAUUUCCCUUCCAACUGGCCCACUAACACUGUGGUGCAUGCGUUACUAGUCUGUAAUGCCAGCACAGAGCUGACCACUUUGAAAAACAUUCAGGACCACUUUAAUCCAGCUACGCUGCCUCUAAUGCAGUAUCUGUUAACAAUGUCUUCAUCAGCAACAGGUAGCAACAAGAGAGUCAACAAAAGAAAAUUCAUCCCACCAUCCUGCUCUUAUAGCAACAUGAAAUGUGAACUCCUCAGCUGGGAAGCAACACUGCAGUUAGCGAGUGAGUUCAUUCAGGCCCACAAGUUAAACACGGAUCAAGCCGCAGCCCUAAUGCAGAUAGCACAAAUGAUGGCAUCACACACAAGUGCCGGAGGAGGGGCGGCGCCGCAAACUCCCAGCCUCCCCAUCACCAUCAUUCAUGGUGUUUUUGGAGCGGGAAAGAGUUACUUGCUGGCAGUGGUGAUUUUGUUCUUUGUGCAGCUAUUUGAAAAGAGUGAAGCCCCUACAGCUGGAAAUGCAAGACCAUGGAAACUUCUGAUUUCUUCCUCCACUAAUGUAGCUGUUGACAGAGUGCUUCUUGGGCUUCUCAGUCUUGGAUUUGAAAAGUUUGUCCGAGUUGGGAGUAUUAGGAAGAUUGCCAAGCCAAUUUUACCUUAUAGCUUGCAUGCUGGCUCAGAAAAUGAGAAUGAACAAUUAAAAGAACUACAUGCACUAAUGAAAGAAGACCUAACUCCUGUGGAGAGAGUCUAUGUGAGGAAAAGCAUCGAGCAGCACAAACUGGGCACCAACAGGGCACUGCUGAAGCAGGUCCGAGUAGUUGGGGUGACCUGCGCAGCCUGCCCCUUUCCGUGCAUGAAUGAGCUCACAUUUCCGGUCGUUGUGCUCGAUGAGUGCAGUCAGAUGACUGAACCCGCCUCUCUCCUUCCCAUUGCCAGAUUUGAAUGUGAAAAGCUGAUUCUUGUUGGAGAUCCUAAGCAGCUCCCUCCUACUAUUCAAGGUUCUGAUGCGGCUCAUGAAAAUGGACUGGAACAGACUCUUUUUGAUCGACUUUGCCUAAUGGGUCACAAGCCAGUACUACUGAGAACCCAAUACCGGUGUCACCCUACAAUUAGUGCUAUUGCUAACGAUCUGUUUUAUGAAGGACACCUCAUCAACGGCAUCUCGGAGGCAGAGAGGAGCCCUUUGUUGGAGUGGCUGCCAAGCCUGUGCUUCUAUAACGUCAAAGGACUGGAGCAGAUUGAAAGAGAUAACAGCUUUCAUAAUGUGGCAGAAGCUGCUUUUACACUCAAGCUGAUUCAAUCACUGAUUGCAAGCGGAAUAGCGGGCUCUAUGAUUGGGGUGAUAACAUUAUACAAGUCCCAGAUGCACCGGCUUUGUCACUUACUCAGUGCUGGGGACUUUGACCAUCCUGAUAUUAAAGCUGUGCAGGUGUCCACAGUGGACGCUUUUCAGGGAGCUGAAAAGGAGGUGAUUAUUCUGUCCUGUGUAAGGACUCAGCAAGUCGGAUUCAUUGAUUCAGAAAAAAGAAUGAAUGUUGCCUUGACCAGAGGAAGGAGGCAUUUGCUGAUUGUGGGGAAAUUAGCCUGUCUGAGGAAAAAUCGACUAUGGGGGCGCGUGAUCCAACACUGUGAAGGAAAGAAAGAUGGAUUACAACAUGCAGACCAGUUUGAGCCACAGCUGAACCAUCUCCUUAAAGAUUAUUUUGACAAACAAGCAGAAGAAAAGCAGAAGAAAAGGAGUGAAAAAGAUAAAUCUAAGGACAAAUCUCAUUCACAAAAAGACAUGGUAAGGGGGAACAGUUUGGCUUUGGUACUGGUGGAAGAAUCAGGCUGUCCUGAAGAAGCAGCUCCCUGGAGGAAGGAAGAGGAGCAGCCAGCUCCACAGGGAACCUCUCAGCAGAGAACGUGAGCAAGGAAGCAUGGUUUUCUUUUUCUUUUUAAUAGAAGAACUGGGGUACAGGCCAGAGGUGUGGGGGUGAGAGGAUUAACCAGAGACAGAGUGGGGAAAAGGACAGGCAGACUGACUGAAAUACACUGCUACAGGGAGCAGCGGGCAAGACGGGAGAGGUCUGCAGUGCCAUGUGGGUAGCUCCCUGGCUGGGGAUCGAACUCAGGCUAUAGCAGUAACGGUGCUGAGAAAACCACUAGGCCACCAGGGAGGCCCCCAGGCAUGCUUUUCUUCAGAGUAUAAAUCUCAGGCAUUGAUGAAGAGUGCCUGGAAGUGUAUGCCUUGGGGCAAGGCAGGCUUUGGAGACAAACUGGAUCCAAGCUAAUGCUGAGUUGAGGCAGAGGGAAAAAAACAAAGAGUGGGACUGUUUGAAAGUCUCAGGCUUAGGCAUCUGGGUGUAAGCAUUUAAGAGAACUAUCAGGGCCAAGCACUGUGUGCUGCUUUAUGAAAAGGCGAAAGAGAAACCAGAAAUCCUCUCUCACCCACUCAGAGUUAAUUCUUGAUAACUUUCCUCGGUU